CAAGAGCCUAGACCAGCGGCUUUCCUGGAAGUAAAAUUGGUCCAAGAAUUAAAGAAUUAUGAAGUUAAAACUUCUAAAUUAUCUCCCGCUGCUAGAGCCAAGAAUAAAGAGGUUGAUUCUAGCACUAAAUAUUGCCCGACUUGCGGAAACAUGUUUGGCACAGUAGCCAAGAAAGCCGAAAUAAAUACACAAAUCGACCAAAACAGAAGGCAAGUAGCGGAAAAAGGAGGCACCUAUGAAUACUAUGAGGAAGAAGGCACAAAAGCUGAUGGCACUACUUAUUCAAGAAUAGGAUCAAAAUAUACAGGUCCAACAAAAUAA